AUGUCUCCCGGCCGGAUAGUCGCUGAAAACGACUACGACUUCAUCGUGUGCGGCGGAGGCACGGCAGGCUGUGUCGUCGCGGGCAGACUCGCCGAAGAUGCCAACGCGCGGAUCCUCGUCGUCGAGGCAGGCCCUCACAACAAAGAUCUCGAGAACGUCCACAUGACGGGCGGCUGGUCCAAGAACUUUGACUCCGACCUCGAUUGGAAUCUGAUCACCCCGCCCAUGGAUGGCGUCAACGGCAGACAAGUCAAGCUGAGUCGGGGGAAAUUCUUGGGAGGGUCUAGCGGUGUCAAUGGAACCCUCUGUAUCAGAGGCAACAAGCAGGACUAUGAUGACUGGAAGUAA